AUGAUUAGCAUGUUCCGGUAUGCUAAUGCACUGCCAUUUAAUUCGGCAAGCUCAGCCUUCUACCCACAACUGGUAGCUUCUAUAGCUGAAGUAGGGCCAGGUGUUAGAGGUCCAACUGCAAAGGAGCUUGCAGGGCCAUGUUUAGAAGUUGUUGUUCAUGAUGUUGAUAAGCAUAUUGUACAGUUCAAUGUCUGCUGGCCAGGUACAGGAGUGACCAUCAUGACUGACGGUUGGAAGGACAAGUCUCAUAGGUACCUUGUCAAUUUUUUAAUAGGUUACCCUAGGGGCAUUAUUUACUACUCUAGCAUUGAUUUAUCAAGAAAGAGACAUACUGGGAGACUGAUAUGCGCACACCUAGACAAAAUUGUAGAUGAGGUUGGGCCUGAAAAUGUGGUCCAAGCAGUGACUGAUAAUGCUGUGAAUUACAGAGAAGCAGGCUUGUUGCUAAUGGAGAGAAGACCCAAUCUUUAUUGGACUCCUUGUGCUGUCCAUUAUAUUAAUUUGAUGCUCAAGGAUAUAGGGAAGCUGAAUAGGACUGAUAGGGCAGCAAUGAGUCAACUUGAAAGGCAGGUUGGAACCACCCAUCUCGAUCGGAGGUUAUGGGCUCGAUGUAACCAUGUUGUUUCUGUAACUGAACGUUUAGUACGGGUGUUGAGUUUAAGUGACUCUGAUGAUAAACCCACAAUGGGGUUUCUAUUCGAUGUAAUGAGACAUGCAAGGGAAGCUAUAUUUGAGAAUAACAUAUGGAAUGAAGAGAUAUUGGAUAUUGUUUAUCGUAGGUGGAGAGACCAACUGUACCAAGAUAUCCAUGCAGCAGGGUUCUUUCUUAAUCCACAAAAUUUGUACUCUAAUGCCACUUUAGAUGAUGCAGACAUCAUGGAGGGGGUAAGAAACUACAUCUAUAGGCUUGAACUUGAUCUUGAAACUCAGAUGGAGUCUUUUCAUGUACAUGGAAAAAAAUGGGGAAUUUGCAUAGAACAAUGCCAAAAAAGUAGCUGCAAAAUUGCACCCAGCACAAUGAUGGACGAUACACGAAAUUUGAACAAAGCAAUUGCAAAAGAUUGCCGUUAG